GCCAAGAUGGCGGCGUCCGUAAUACAGACAUGCCAUAUAGCAUGCAGCGCAAACAGGACUCCUAAUGUUGUUUCUUGGGGCCGUGGAGGAAUUAUUGCUUUUGGGACGUGUAAUUCAGUGGCUCUGUAUGACCCCCAGGAGAGAAGAGUUAUCGCUUUGCUGAACGGACACAAGGGAAGAGUGAACGCUCUCCAGUGGGUUCACCAGAAGGAUCAUGAAACAGAGUGUCAUGUUGUCUCAGGAGGUUCCGACAAUAGGGUCAUCCUUUGGGAAGCUCAAGAUGAGACGUUUGUCCAGGCAGUGGAGUGUAAGGGCCACACUGGUCCUGUCAGCGCUGUGGAUGCUAUCUACACAGAAGACUCUGAGGUGCUUAUUGCUUCUGCUUCAUCCGAUUCUACAGUGAAGUUGUGGCUCUGCAGUGACAAGAAAGCCGAGUGCCUCCAUAAUGUAUCAUUUGGGAGCGGUUUCAUGAUGGAUGUGUCUCUAGCUCUGUUGCCAGGCACCAGAGUUCCCAUACUUGCCUGUGGGGGUGAUGAUUCUCGGGUGCACCUAUACGUGCAGGAGAGCGGUCAGCUCCAGAGAACAAUGUCACUGCCAGGACAUGAAGACUGGAUUCGUGGCGUUAAAUGGGCAUGUACAGGGGGCGAGCUGUUAUUAGCCAGCUGUUCACAGGACUCUCUCAUCAGAGUAUGGAGGCUCUGUGCCAAAUCUGGCACAGACACCAGCACAGAAGAUGAUCACUCCGUCAUCAAAAUGAAAGAGGACGUUUUUGAAGUGAAGGACAGAGGAAUGGUUUCACAGUUUGCUGUGUCUCUUGAGACAGUUCUGGCAGGACAUGAGAACUGGGUUUAUGGGGUCAGCUGGCAGCCUCCUGUCUUUAAAGGUGGUGAGUGGCAUCAGCCUGUUGUUCUGCUUUCAGCCUCCAUGGACAAAACCAUGAUCAUCUGGGCUCCUGAGGAAGGCUCUGGAGUCUGGGUGGAGCAGGUGCGCGUAGGGGAAGUAGGUGGAAACACUCUGGGAUUCUAUGGCUGCCAGAUGAGUCCGGAUGGAUCAAUGAUUUUGGCUCAUGCUUUCCAUGGAGCGCUACACCUUUGGUGCAAAGAUCAAGAUAAACAGGGGGGGUGGAGACCUGCAGUUGUGAUAUCAGGUCACUUUAAUGCCGUCCAAGACCUGCGCUGGGAUCCAGAGGGGGAGUUUAUCCUGAGCGUGGGCUCAGACCAGACCACCAGAUUAUUCACUCCAUGGAGAAGGCAAGACAGCAAACAGGUAACCUGGCAUGAAAUUUCCCGGCCUCAGAUCCACGGAUAUGACAUGCAGUGUCUGGCCAUGGUUGGGAGGUUUCAGUUUGUUUCUGGAGCUGAUGAGAAAGUCCUCAGAGUGUUUCAAGCACCUCGUAAUUUUGUGGAGAACUUCUCUAACAUCUCAGGGAUUUCUAAGGAGAAGCUGCUUCAGUCCAGUGGCUUGGCCAGCCUUCCAGAAGGAGCUAGCACACCUGCCUUGGGUCUCUCCAACAAGGCUGUAUUUCAAGGCGACCUUGUCCCGAAAAACGGCAAAGAAGAGGAACAGUUCAACAGUAUAUCUGAGCAAUACCAGGAGUCCUAUUUCCACCCACUCAGCCUGACCGAGCCUCCCCCAGAGGAUGAUCUCCUCCAGAACACGCUGUGGCCCGAGGUCCAGAAACUGUAUGGCCAUGGAUUUGAGAUGUUCUGCGUGGCCUCUGACAGCACCAAGACCUUAGUGGCAUCAGCAUGCAAGGCCUCUAAAGCUGAGCAUGCUGCCAUUCUGCUGUGGAGUACAGCCACAUGGCGUCAGCUGCAGGCGUUGCCAUUUCACACCCUCACAGUCACCCAGAUGGCCUUUUCACCUGACGCAAAGCUCCUGUUGGCUGUUUCUAGAGAUCGCACCUGGUCGUUAUGGAGACGGAAGCUGCCAACAGCAGAAAGUCCAGAGCCUCUCUUCUCACUGUGCGCACACACAAACAAGGACACGGCCACGCACAGCAGAAUCAUCUGGUCAUGUGACUGGAGCUCCGACAGCAAAUACUUUGUGACAUCCAGCAGGGACAAGAAGGUGAUAGUGUGGGGGCCGUGCAUGUUGGAGAACUCUGAAGAACCGAUGCCUCUGGAGAUCAAACCAUGUUCCUCCGUCUUGGAUGUUGGGGAUUCUGCUACGGCCGUAGCUUUCUGUCCUUCCCUUUGCUUUGAUAGCAGCUAUUUGCUCGCCGUUGGUCUGGAGUGCGGAAAAAUCCUGCUCUACAGGUGGAGACCGUGUCACGACGGAGCUGCAGGAAGUGACUGGAUUAGCUGCGCUGAAACGGACUCCUUACAAAGUCACACUCUGGCGGUGAAGCGGCUCUGCUGGAGGCCCCGGGCCGGUCGGGCAGGUCUAGAGAACAGCGAGAUGGAUGGGCUGAGUGACACAGACAGAAAACUCGAAGAGAAGAGCUCCUGGGUCCAGCUUGCUAGUGCCAGUGCCGACCACUCUGUCAAAAUCUUCAACAUCAACAAACGGGCUCUUUAGCACCGCCACCGCUGACACUAUUAUGUCUGUUGCAAGCAGAGAGUCACUUGGACUGAGGGCCACAGGCCUGCGUGGGCCACAGAGGCCACAGCUGCUCUGUCCCAAACCAUUCAGUUCCUGUGACAGGAAGUUAGGCCGUGGGUCAGUCAAAGGACAGAACCUGCUGCACCAAAGCCCCGGAGUCUAUCUGCAAAGAGCCAAACGGGUUUGAUGAGUGGAAGCAGGACGAUAAAAACACUGCGAAUACAGUGCAGCAUUUGGGUUGGAUACUUCAGACUGACCGAUUCGGAAGAGACAUUAUUUAGACUAACUCAAGCCUAUAGAAAUAUAUAUGUCAGACUGAAUUCUUAAAGAAGUCAGCCUCACCAUGUAACUUUAAGUUUUUUUCUUUUGAACCUUAAUUAU